AUGUCAGCACCAAGCGAUUUCAAACUGGAGGUUGUCAAGGCCGGCCAGCACAUACCUCCGGACCCCCCUAAAGUAACGAAGAGCGACAUCUAUGACGAUAUUUCCGUUUUCAGUGAGGUGGACAAUCACGCCAUUCAGGAAUCGAACAAAGAUUAUGCAACUUUCAAAGACCUCCUCUGGAAUCUUUGCUUCAAACUUGAUUUUAAUGAGCUAGAGAGAGCAAGGGUCAUUUUUCGUUGGCUGACCUGCAAGAAUCUAGUGGAGAUAAAAUUUUCUGAGGUGAAACCGAACUCUCCAGAACUUUUACUUUCACUUUUCAAGGAGGGCAAGGCCACCUACGCUCGCAUCUUCGAAUGUCUCGCUCGCCACGCCGGUCUUUCAUGCGUGACCAUACUCGGUUGGGCCAAAGGUGUCGAUUAUCAUCCUGGAAUCGCACUGACCUCGCAACCUGUCAAUCACAGCUGGAACGCCAUCUACGUUGACGGGAACUGGCAUUUGGUGGAUUGCCACUGGGCUACAAGAUUCCUGAGGUCAGAGCAUAACUCCCCUGAGAACCUCGUCUACGAAUAUGACGACUUCUACUUCAUCCCGGAACCCGACCAACUGUCCCUUACUCACUAUUCAGAGGAUCCCGUUUGGCUCCUACUCAAGGCUCCCAUUCUUACUAAGGAAAAGUUUGAGGAGUUCCCGCUCCUGAAAUCCUAUUUUUUCACCAGUGGAAUGCACCUACUUAAUGACUGUGCCCUUGGGGUUGUCCACGCAAAAUAUGGAAUUGCUGUCGUGUCAGUGGGAUUUUCGAACGCCACGGCUUACACUUUCAAAUUAGUUCACGGUGACAAGAUGCAGGAAAGUUUGGAUGGCGUUCCAUUAACUUCAUACGUCCUCCAACAAACUUUGCAAAAACAGGUGACCUACCAUCUCAGACUGCCACAGAAAGGGGAUUAUUACUUGAUUGCAUUUGCAGACGUGGCUCCAGACAGCCCGGCAGACACUGGCGAACAUGUCUUCAAGGCCGUCUGCGAGUACAAGAUCGUCUGUGAUCAGCCAGUUAAGGGACAAGCGAUUUUCCCGCAAUGCAGUGACAUUGUUUGGGGCCCAGACGAUUCAACAGCGCAUCGUUUCGAGUUGAAACCCCACCAGAAAAAUGGAAUCAUCCAGGCUCCUAACGGGCACGUCGAAUUAGUGUUCGACAAGAAGUGCGAUGUUCGGGUCUACCCGCGUUUGAUUAAGGAGGGGCACAACCCUGCUGACCUGAAGAAGGGCCUCUCUGUCAAGUCCGAUGAUAAAACGAUCACCAUCUUGGCCGACCUGCCAGAGGAAGGAGAGUACGGUCUGGAGAUCUUCGCCAACGAUCCUGCCAAGCACGGAGACAUGUUCACGCACAUCAGCCAGUACUUGAUCGCCUACCCCGGAAAUACCAUUGCCGAAAGUUACGGCAAAAUUCCCUCCGAGAAGGUUUAUGAGGAGCGACCAAUCAUCAAAAGGGUCAAGGUCGAUACCACGCACAGGUACAAGCCAAGGACGUUUGUAAUCAAGAAAGUUGUGGCUGUUGGAGGCGGGGGUGGAGCUGACAGCAAAGACUACCCAAUCGGAAACGGAAUGACGAAGACGACAUCGACGGUCGUGACUCUGGAGUCUGUGAUUCCGGACAAGGAGUAUCAGACGAACGCCUCCAGCGAUACCUUCACCAAGGAGAUCGUAGUGAAACCGCCGAAAGACUUCGUCGUUCAGGCCCCUCAAAAUCCGGAUGUGGCCCCCAAGCCAGAGGCGAAAACUAUUUCCGUUCAAAAGUUAUUCAUCGAUCCCAGAAAGGUUUUCAAGGAUCUUGACAAUCAUGCCGUCCAGGUGUCUGGUACCCAGCACGAGACGUUCAAAGACAUCUUGUGGCAUCUCAUCUUCGCCCGCAACAUCACCAACGAACUGGACAAGGCCAGAGCAAUUUUUCUGUGGCUCUGCUCAAAGGAUCUGUCCAAGUUGAGCUUCGCCAAUUACGAGAAGGGCUCACCAGAAGAAAUGCUGAUGAAGUUGAAGAGUGGCGAGACCACAUACGCCAGGGCUUAUGAGACGCUCUGCAACUACGCAGGAUUGCACUGCAAGACACUUUCCGGUGUAGCGAAGGGGGCCGAGUACAAACCCGGAAUGAAAUUCACUCCCGGACAGAAGGGCCAACAUUCCUGGAAUGCCGUGUUCGUCAAUGGGACUUGGCAACUUGUGGAUUGCCACUGGGCCGCAAGGAGGCUUGUAGGAGAUAAGAACUCAGCAGACAGCAUCCGUUUCGAGUUAGACGAGUAUUACUUCAUGCCAGCUCCCUCCCAACUCAUCUUCAGCCACUUCCCAGACGACCCCUCCUGGCAGUUGCUCAGCAGGCAACUCACCCAGGCCGAGUUCGAACACCUGGUCCCUUGCAAACCGGCCUUCUUCAAGUACGGCCUGCAGCUCUACAGCCAUGUGGACGCCAUCAUCGACUGUUCUGAGAGGGUCACAAUUAGAUUGGACUGCCCCCCUGAUAAGGCACACUCAAUGAAAUUCACCUUCAACUUGAAAUACGAAGAUGGGAACGAGGCCUUCCAGGGCGUGCCACUGAACCAGUUCGCCAUGAUGGAGGUGGCGGCCAACGCUUGCUACAUCACCAUCAGACCGCCAGAGAAGGCAUCCUACCUGCUGGUCAUCUAUGCAAAGGACCUUGACCAACAGUCGAAAGAAGGUGUCUACGGAGGUAUAUGCGAGUAUAAAAUAAUCAGCACCACAACCUCCCCUCCCAAUCCAUUCCCACCCUGCGUCCACUCGUCCUGGGGUCCCGGGGACAGCGCUGACAAGUUCGACAUCACCCCCUUACAGACCGGAUCCAUCGUGCAAACUGUGAAAGGCGUGGCCGACGUGAAGUUCAAGUUCGGAGGAAAAUUGCGUUUCAUGGCGAAGUUGAAGAACAACAAGGACGAUGAAAAACUCCUCUCCCAUCACGUCCUCUACAGGAGCGUCCAAGACGAGGCCAUUUUUAUUGUGAUGCCCCCACACGACGGUGAGUAUGGUCUGGAAAUUUAUGCAAAUGACCCUGAAACUGGAGGUCAAAGUUUACUUCAUGCUUAUCAGUACCUGAUCAUCUGCAAAGAUGCUGCCACUCCCGUUCAACCUUUCCCCGCUUUGCCAGCUGGAUACCUGGGCCCACAGGCGACGUUUGAGAAGAUUGGUUUGAAGACAAUCAACAACAGCGACCCGUACAUCGAGAAUAACUCCGGAGAACUGCAGAUCUCAUUCUCAACCAGCCAACCGUUGAGAACUUCAUCACAACUCAUCUGCGUCACCAAUGACCAGAACAAGGAUUGUUCCAACUACGUCUUGCAACAAAGCAGUCCCAAAGGGAUCACUUUCCUUGUCAAGUUGACGGAACCUGGAUACUAUAAGUUUCAACUGUUCGGAAAUCCGGAAUCAGAGCCGGGCGACAGCCUGCUGGGAGUGUACAACUGCUUGAUACACUGCAAGUCCACCGUUGCGUCCGGGGUUCCCUAUCCCAAACAGUACGGAUUGUGGAAGGAGGGAUGCUAUCUCUACGAGCCACUUGAAGGGCACCUGCAACACAACAGACCGGAUAAGGGUAGCGCCUCUACUUUUAACCAUGUCUAUUUUAAGUUGGAAAUCCCGAAAGCCGUGUCCGUGGCCGUUGUAGUCGGGCAGGAUAACUGGUUCCAACUGGAUAAGAAAGAUGGGAACAUCUGGGAGGGCGAGGUUGACCUUGAAAAGCUGUGGGGCGUGGAGAGGAAGUUGAUGGUCUGCGGUUGCACGGACGAGAACGACGACUCCAACUUCAACACCUAUCUCGAUUACUCCAUGUAGAGGAUGACGAUGAUGAGGAUGAUGAUGAUGACGGUGGUAGUGCUGAUAAUGAUGUGGCGGCGAUGAUGAUGAUGAUGAAAAUAUUUUUUUCUUCUCCCUUUCCGCUCUUCUUUAUAUUCAAGAAAGAUUUAUAACAAAUUUAUAACAAUGAUAGUGGCGAUAGACGCUGCUACAACUGCUACAAAUAGAAGUAGUGGUAGUAGUAGUAGUGGUGGUAAUAAUAAUAAUAAUAAUAAUAAUAAUAAUAAUAAUGUUGGCGAUACCACACCGAGAACAAUUAUAGAAUCAAAAAAUGUUAACAGUGACUAUGGUGAUAAUGAUGAUGACGAUAAUGAUGAUGAUGAUAACGAAUCAAAAGUGAUGAUAAUAAUGAUAACAUUGUUGAUGAUAAUGAUAUUGAACUAGCUCUAUAAAGCUAAAGGCAACGAAAUAGCAGUAAUUAAUAAAUAAUGUUUAUAAUAACGCUGCUUAGCUAAACAUAGCUCUAUAUAUAGAUAUAUAUGGAUAUAUAUAGAUAUAUAUAGAUAUAUAUGUGUGGGUGUGUGUGUAUGUGUGUUUCAUUUUUUGCUUUGAGAAUUUUUCAAAAUUUUUUUAAUCUGUGAUUUUCGGGAUAAUGUAUGUGUACAUCAUUAGCAGGUUAUUUUUCCACUACUACUGCUACUGCUGCUGCUACUACUACUACUACGACAACUCCUGAUAUUAUUACUACUGUUAGAGUAAUGCUACUACUAUUGCUACUAAAGCCACUGCUAC